AAAGUGGGGUGGUCUAGGAAUGGCAACAGUGAUUGCAACAUUUCUUUCCAGCAAAACAAUCUACGUCUUAUUGUCGAUAAUACUACAUUUCCAGAUUCCGAACUGUGUCUGACAGAAUACGGGCUUUUUCCUAUCAAGCUCCCGAUAGAGUUGAUUUGUGAUAUUGUGUAGUGUCGGACAAAAUCUGGGGAAAAAGGGCAAAUCGUCAUGGCUGACGCUGAGUUGGAGGAGAUUCGAAGAGCUCGUCUCGCUCAGUUGCAACAACAGGGGGGUGGCCGAGGCGCCGCUCCCAGUAUUGGCGGUGGUGAGGGACAAGAAGAUCAAAGAAGACAAGCAGAAGCUGAACGACGCGCCGCAAUACUCAACCAAAUCCUAGACCCCGCUGCAGCAGACCGACUCGGACGAAUACGACUCGUCAAGGAAUCCCGCGCCACAGAUAUCGAGAACAGACUCAUCAUGCUUGCGCAAACGGGGCAAUUACGCCAGAAAGUGACAGAAGAUCAAUUGAAAGAUCUACUGAAUGCUGUUGCGGAGAACUCUCGCAAGGAGGAAGAGGAGCAUAAAGUGGUUUUUAGUCGUCGCAAGGGUGGUUGGGAUGACGAUGAUGAUUUGUUGGAUUUAUAAAGGGCACAUGAUGGUGGUUGGACUGUUUUAAAGAGCCCGAGACGAGAUUAUGAAAAAUGAAGCAUGACUUGUUAAUGGGUAGGUCGCUUAUCGAGCUGGCACGCAUAUGCCAUGAAGCUCCGAAAAUGACCAAGGAGAAUCAAAUAUACACAAACCAAGAACGCUCCAAUGCAAAUGUAUGAUAUGCACGACAUCUAAUAUACAAAGGCAGUAAACAGUGUUGUUCAAGACAUAAAGCGGACACGUUUUAUAAGCCAGAAGCUUUCAUUUGCUGUUCUUUUGCCCUCUUCUCCUGUUGCCGCAUCAUACGUCGUAUCUCUCUCAGAUCCGGUGGCGCCUCAAUUCCCAACUCAGCCCUUAACUCAUCCACGUUCCGUUCCAGCUGCUCUUCCCAAUAAACAUUAAUCAACUCCUCACUCGACAACCCACUGCGCACUGCCCACGGAAGAUGAAGUUUGAAGAAUCGCUCUCGUUCCGCAGGCUUCAGUCGAAUCGCAGCUGCAAGACUCAACCCGGUCAUGGGAAUAACCGUAUUCAAGAAUUCAAACGCCUUGAGCGCUAAUUCGCCUUCAACCAUUGUCGGUAGCCCGGUUACGGCGUGAUAGAAAUCGUGACACUCGCGAUAUCGUUGCAUCACAUAUGCGCAUUCCUCGUCGUCGAUGUAUUGCACGCUAUCUCUGGUGUCGGGUGACACUCCUUCUCUAUCUAGCCAUUUUGCGUAUGUUCGGCCAACUGAGUUUUCGGGUAAUGAGCGUAGGUAGGGUAGUUUGAGGGUUUCGGAUGUGAGACGAGGACGGUCUCGUAGGAUACGACGACCCGUGGGGCUUGAGAGCAUGGCAUCACGAAGACGGUAUAUGAAGUAAGGCGUUGCUGUGGCUUCGCCUAAUGCUGCGAUGAGGUCUU